AACAUACAUUAAUCAACAGCACAUCUGUCACAACACCAACAGCAAUUGUCAUCCUUAAGACUACUGAAGAAAAGGCUCAGCAUGGAGAGGGAACCACAGAAGAUAAGAGAAGGAUAUCUUGUCAAAAAGGCAAUUUUUAAUAAAUGGAAGCCUAUGUGGGUAACACUACUUGAAGAUGGGAUCGAAUUUUACAAGAAGAAAAGUGAUAAUAGUCCCAAAGGAAUGAUCCCUUUGAAGGGGAGCACUAUAACUAAUCACUGCCAGGAUUUCAGCAAAAGAAUGUAUGUGUUCAAGAUCACCACAACUAAGGAGCAGGAUCACUACUUCCAAGCGUCCCACCAAGAAGAACGAGAUGCUUGGGUAAAAGAUUUGAAAAAGGCAGUUAAAUGUAUCGAAGACGGUCAAAGGUUUGCACGGAAAUCCACAAGAAGGUCUAUUCGAUUACCUGACACUAUUAAUUUGAGUGAGUUGUAUAUCUCCAUGAAAGACCCAGAUCGUGGAAUCAGAGUAUUAAAAUUGGAAAAGGACAAAAAAGUGUUCAAUCAGUGCUUUACAGGUACCUGUGUAGCUGACUGGUUAAUAUCAAGCAAAUCGGUCAGAAACCGCCAGGAGGCUCUUAUGCUGUCCGCGGCACUACUGAACGAAGGUCAUCUUCACCCAGCGAAUGAUGUCGCCAAGAACGCUGCUGAAGGUUUAGCGGAAACUACAUUACUUGAUACAUCAGAUGCAUUAUAUUACUUUCCAGACAGUGGUUUCUUCUGUGAAGAGAACUCCAGUGAUGAUGAUGCAAUACCUAGAGAGGAAUUUCGUGGGAUAGUAGUAAAACAAGGGUGUUUGCGGAAACAGGGUCACAGAAGGAAAAACUGGAAAGUACGUAAAUUUGUUUUGAGAGAAGAUCCUGCAUAUUUGCAUUAUUACGACCCGGCUUCGGGGGAUGAUGAUCCUUGUGGAGCUAUUCACUUACGAGGCUGUGUAGUGACUGCUGUAGAGGAUAUGAUGGAUGGAAAAAAGCAGGACAUAGACAAGAAUUAUUUUGAAAUCAUCACAGCAUCCGAGGUGCAUUAUUUUCUGCAAGCAGCUUCAUCCGAAGAGCGUAAAGAGUGGAUUAAAGCUAUUCAAACCGUGUCCAAAAUAGGAAAGUGAUUAUUAAAUGCGAAGCAUUAGAUACAUUGUUGUUAUUGUUAAUUGGAGAUAAACACACAGCAUAUAUAUAUAUUUUGUAAUGUUUGUUAUUAUACAACAUGCACAUUUUUAAAUAUGUUUCAAUAGCUAUCAUGCGCAGUGCACACAUACUGCAGGGGUCUAUGUAUAAAGUAAAUA